GGCCGGCGGGUUACAAAGACGCUGGCCCCAGCACCCCAGAGCAGUGCGGAUUCCCGGACUCCAGGAGCCGUCCCGCGUACGGGACGGGUCGGGUCGGGUCGGGUCGGGGUCCCAGCGGCGGCUUGGCGGUGUCGCUUCGCGCCCGGACCAGCUCGUGGCCACCAGCCCGGGGCUGCUCAGGCAUUGAGGAGCCGGAUACUCGAACAAGGGGCCCAAGAGAGAGCGGCGGCAGGAAGCCGACCGGGGCCAUAGCGCUCCGCUGCCCCUCUGAGCGGAGACUGUGCCAGGGAAGGGGCUCUGCCAGCCAGGAUCAGGGUGGGACCCUACUGGGGGCAAGGGAGGGGAGCCCCUGGAGUUAACCCUGCUCAUGGAAGGGAGUUGGGUGUGAGCUGAGCAGCCUUUAGUUUACGCAGCAGACCCCCAGCUCCUACCAAGAGCCCAGUCUACUUGUGCUCAUCUAUCCCGGGCAAGGGCAGCCAUGGCCUGUUGGUGGGCUGGCUGGCUGCUCCUGCUGGUGGAGGCUUGGGGGUCCCACCUGGCGCAGGGGAUAUUGGAGCCCUGGGCCCAGGAGGCUCUGUGGCUGGGAAACACAUCCGCGUUCCAGGCCAGCAGCCUGCAGCGCCGCCUGCCUCAGGGGAUCAUCAUCGGGGUGCGGAAGGGGGGCACGCGGGCCCUGUUGGAGAUGCUGGCGCUGCACCCCCAGGUGGCCGCUGCCCGUGCCGAGGUGCACUUCUUCAACCGGGAGGAGAACUACCGCCGGGGGCUGGGCUGGUACCGCCAGCAGAUGCCCCUCUCGCACCCCGGCCAGCUCACCGUGGAGAAGACCCCAGGCUACUUCUCCUCCCCGCGGGCCCCCGAGCGCGUCCGCGCCAUGGACCCUGCCGUGCGGCUCUUGCUCAUCGUGCGGGACCCAGUGGAGCGGCUGGUGUCAGACUACACCCAGAUCCUGCACAACCGCCGGGCACGGUGCAAGCCCUACCCGCCCCUAGAGCGGCUCCUGCUGCGGGGGGACCGGGGCCUCGACACCCGCUACAAGGCUAUCCAGCGCAGCCUCUAUGCCCUGCAACUGGCCCGCUGGCUGGCCGCCUUCCCCUCAGCCCACAUCCACGUGGUGGACGGGGGCGGCCUGAUCCGCGAGCCCCUGCCCGAGCUGCGCCGCGUGGAGCAGUUCCUGGGCCUGGCACCCAGCCUGGGCCCCAACAACUUCUACUUCAACCAGACCAAGGGCUUCUAUUGCCUGCGGGCCGGGGCCCGCCAGCGCUGCCUGGAUGAGUCCAAGGGGCGGCCCCACCCGCCCAUCGCCGAGCAGCUGCUGGAGCAGCUCUGCACCUACUUCAGCGCCCACAACGAGCACUUCUUCAGCCUGGUGGGGCGCACGUUCAACUGGUGCUGAACUGGGCAGGGCCUGUGGGGCCAGACCCCCCCCAGCGGGCCGAGCCCUGCGGGGACAGAGCCCCCUCCCCAGGGCAGAGGCUGUGAAAUGAGGGGAGGGGGGAGUUGGUACCACAACAGGCUGGGCAGCUCUCCCUGCCCCCCCAGCUCAGAGGACUUAAGUGCUCAGAGCAGGCUGUGAGGGGGCUCCUGCUGGGGCUGUAUCCCCUGGACACGAGAGGGUAGAUGGGAAAGGGGGUGGGAGAAACCAAUCAGGGCAGGAGUGGGUGGCUCCCCCCCCUUGCAGGGACAAGGCAGAGGCCCACAGCUGCCCCGGAAGCACACUCCUAAAAGGGUCCAGAAAGAAACAUUUGCCCUGCAGCACUGUGGGGCAAGGCAGGUGGGAUGAAAGGACAGGGGGCUUCUACAAUUCAGGGCAUCUUCCCCCUCAGGCUGCCAGCCUCCCACCCAUCACCUCCCAGGGGGGCAGGAGACCCACCUCUCCCAACAGAGGCUGCCUGUUUUCCUGCCCACUCAAUUCCCCAGCCAGCCUGCAGUGCCUUCUCUGCGGGCUAUACACAGCGUUACAGGCCCCAGCUCUUCCUAAGCAAGCCCCAGCCUAAGGCAAAAACCCAACAGACACCCCCCUCCCUUGGUUUAGGGGUUGUCUUUUGCAGCCCAGGGGUGUCAGGCUCACUCUGGCUGGGGCAGGCUGGCAGCUGAAGCCAGGUGCCCCCUUAUCCUGGCUUUUGACUGACUCCUGCCUGGAGGGGAGCGCAGAGCAGCAUGUGGUCACAGUGCAAGCCAUUCAGGCUGCAGCCCACAAGACUUCCUGCUUCCCCCCCCUCGCCCCACUGGACCGGAAGCCCAGCCAACACCAAGCCCAGCUGCUCCAUCUCCGCUGCCCCCUGGUCACUGCAGGUUGGUGCCUGUGGAGCAGCUGGCACAUUUCCCCCCCCAGCAGCCAGCUCCUCCCUCAGGCAGAGCACCCAGGCCUUGCAACUUUGCCUGCACAGGUGUAACAGCAGCUUAGUGCAAGGUGGUUAUUGCCCUCUAGUGUCUGGCUCUGGGAACUACAGGUACCUGCUACCACUGUAGCCCAGUUGCAUCAUUAGAAAUGGCAGUGGGGUGUGGUUCUGGUGCUGGAAUCACUCAGAGCCCAGGGGUAGACACAUUUCACCCCCCCCCCCGGUUACAUAAACUCAGAACACAGCCUCAUAACUCUAGUACUGAAGUAUGCCCCUGCCAGCACACCUAGCACAAGUGUUAACAGCGCCAGCCCCCAGUCCUGCAUGGGGUUUGAGCCAUCAAAGCCCCAACUGCCUUGGCCUUGCAGCCAAGGAAAUAGGGAUGAACUCCCUCAGCUAUAGCACUAGGUGGGAGCACACAGAGCAGCCCCAGAACAGCCCAUGGGGGUCACACUGUUAUGCACACAACCUCACACCCAGCCUGUACCUCAGUUCAGCUCCUGGGGUCCCCUCCCACGGGUAACAAAAGUGACUGUCUUUUCAUUCUUGUAUCCCACUGAGUGGCAGUGCUCUAACUCUUUGUCUGACAAAAGCUUUGCCAUGGGUCUGCAGCACAUGUCAGGGAGACCCAGCUGAGCGGAGGCAGUGGCAGUGCUGGCACUGAGGAUGGCUGCUGCCAGCUGAACAUGGAUUACGUUCGCUGAGAUUUUUUUUAAUUGGGUACAACAAACACUAGGGAAAUGGUGUCAACAUUGUUGGGGUGGUUUGUUCCCCCAACCAGUUCACUCAGUGCAUGGUAAUGAAGCACAGAAUUGAGUCCUGAGCAAAAAUCUCAGGGUCAAAUUCCAAUUUAGGUCUUUGCUCUGUAAUAGAGACAAGAGGAAAGUUCUUCCCCUCCACCCAAAGCUUUGAAAUAAGAAAAUUUUCCCUCUAAAAAAAUAUAUAUAUUUGAAUGGAAAAUGUAGUUAAAAUUCUUGCACUGAUGGGAUUAGAUCCAAUACAUGCCACUGGCAGGAGUGUGAGGAUUGAUUUACCACCCUGCCCGCUGCCCCAAACAUCCUGUUACGUAACUGCCAGACCGGACACGAGAAUGGAGAUGGUUAUUCCUAGACUGACCACUUCCAAUGUCAAUUCCAGGUCUGACCUGAAUGGACAUUACCAUGCUGAGCACCUUCCCCAGGAACCUGUAAGAGCUCCACGCGCUGAGGGCUAAGAGGAUGGGCCCCUGGGAGGCAGCCAUAAAGAGCACUCUAUCAAGUCUCCGUCCCCUAUGUACAUAUUUUAGAUUAUGUUUAGGUCACUCCUUAACCUCUUUGAAGAGUUACAUAGCUCCAUCUCCUGGAAUCCCUCACUAUAAGGCAUGUUUUCCAACACUAACAGUUCUCAUGUCUCUCUUCUCAACCCUCUCCAAUUUUUCAGCACCUUUUGUUAAUUGUCGACACCAGAGCUGGACACAGUAUUCCAGAAGCAACACCAGUGCCAAAUACUUUCACAGUUUAGCUGUUUGAUGCAAGAGCCCCAUUUUCACUGUUUUGAUCUCAGCAGCACUGUUUCAGAGGUUUAGAAAGCCAAAACCAUAUAGUUCCCUCCCCUCCUCUGAGUACUGGUACGUAGCAUUUACUGUUUAUACAAGCAUGGCAGACAAAGGACCUUUAGAGUUCUUCAGAUUCAAAGCUUUGAAAAAAGGCCAAUUCUAGAGCAGGCUGAAAAUAUUUAAACCAGUCUGAUCAGCAUUACAAGAUACGCUAGUCUGCACAUUUCACCACACCAAGCUAUUUUGCCACAGUCCUUGCUGCUUUCAUAUUCAAACACAAAGUCUCUCCUCAGAUCUGACAGUGUUUGGUGCAGUGAUAGUUCUCAUAAGUGAAACUUGUUCUCAUGGGGAAUGACUGGUAGAUAAGUUGGUGGGUAAAAAAAAUAAAACCUCUAUCUGAAUUGAGACUUAUCAAUGCACAGAUCUGUAAUAUUUUUGCUGUUACAAAAAGUGAUGGACUCAGAAUUGUGCCAACAUUAACAACAUCCACCAGGAUGGACUUGUGCUAAAAAAAAAUCUGAAAGAAUCAGAUGCUUUCAAGCAGCCAUAAGGGGAUGGAAAUCAGAAACUAGUUAAAUGACAGUUUACACUGUCAAAAAAAUUUGCUCAUUUAAUUUCUGAAGCAGUAGGCAGAAGCAAUAGAUUUCAGCCCCAUUUUCACCUCAGCAUUUGCUCAGAAAUUGUUUUAAGGAAAGAUCGUACUUGCUGUUUGAACAGCAUCUUAAAACGGUCUCCCUAACCAGAAGCUUUUGUUAACAGCAAGCGUCUCCUGAACUACAGUACUCUUACCAAAACUAAUGAUUGCAGGUGAAGUGUCUUAAAUGAUGCUCAGAAGACCUAGCUUGAAACAAAUUGAGCACCAAGCGUUGAGCACUUGAACUAUGUCACUUAUUUCAAAGGUGCUGAGCACAUCUCACUCCCAUUGCCUUGCGUGAGAACUGCAGAUGAUCAACACCGUUUUUUUUUUGGGGGGGGGGGGAGGAGGAGGAGAAGAGAAUCUGGCCACAUUCUCUCCCACCCCUCACCCCUUCUGAAUAAGGUCUGAUCAACCUGAACUUUUGGCUAAAGAAAACGGGAGCUCUAGAUAACACCUGUGAAAAAUCAAGGCAUUGUGUUUCAAUAUCUAAAUCUACAUUUGUUUAACUUUGGGUACCCAAAUUCCAAACUGAAGAUUUUACUCGGGAAUGGCUUUGAGGCUUAGAAGGGAAGUGAUGCAGACGCCCAUUUGAUUUAUCCACAGCACACUGGAAAGUAACUUGCGAUGCUGCCAUUCUACUCUUUCUAUUCUGACAGCUGAAAUCACUCGUGGGUCAGGGCAGAAUCCCCACUACCACGAUGAGCUAAGAAAAUAAGUACGUUUUUGUAAAAAAAAAAAAAUAAAAUAAAAAAAUGAAGCGUUAUCACAGGUCUCUAGGGCAGUGUGUUAAUCCACACACAUACACUUUCUAUUAGUUUAAAAUGUGCAGUAUCUGUGAUCCUUACUAGUGACAACAGGUAUACUUAACAAUGGAAAAUGCAUUCUAACCGUUGUGGUCAGCCCCUCCAUUGACCUGUCAGCAGCAGUGAUAGCAGAGCUGUUAUCAGAAACACAAGUCAAAUAGUUUCUUCCUUUAGAUACUUGUGGUGUCCUCAGCUCUUGCAAUGCAACUGGAACCCUGAAUUCAGAUCUUGGCAGGUAAGUGAGAGAAUGAUUUUCCAGCAACAUUAAGUAAGUGAAAUUUUAAGUAGCAAAUCAACUUUGUCAUUACUUUAACAGUGAUAGCAUUUACCUUUUAAUAGAUUCCUAUACUAUAGGCCAAUUCAAUUUUUUUUGCACCAUUAAAAGUUUACUCAUUUGCUACCAAGAUUGCCCAUGCCAUUCAACAGGUUAUAUUACAAACCAUCCAAGUGAAGUAGUCAUGGAUGUGGCUGAUCUAAAGAGGGAAAGAGCUUUUGCCUGUAUACCUAGUCCAGUGGAGUUUGAGGGAGCCAGCUUCACAGAGAAGAUGUGAAGUCUCUACUACAUGAUUUUUGCACCUGAACACCACGAGAGCAAAUUUUGUAAAAAAUGGUUUUAUCAGUUCCAUUUUUGUAUAAAACACACGGGAGAAACCUAGCCAAUCAACACACGAAUUGCUGCCACAUGACAAGAUACUUUUUGUCAAACUUUGAAUCUAAAGAACAUACAAAUGUUUUCUCAUGUCUACAGUCAAUUGUCUAUGCUCUUCCAUUUAACUAUUUCUUAAAAAAUUCCACAUAUCCCCAUAUUUCUUCUGUCCCAGUUACAGUACAAUGACAGGGAGGAAGAGGGUUGGUUAAAACUCCUCUCUAUGCAGUUUUCUGCU